GUGCAAACCUUAGGUUGCUUUCUCAAAGGAACGGUGGCUCGAGCCGCUGCUUUCACUGAUAGUGCAUUGAGUGUUCCAAGUUCAUCAUGAGUAGCAAUGCGAAGAGGGCACAUCUGAAAAAAUUGAAGAGAGUGAGUUUUUGACCAUGAGUGAAUUAGUCGGUUUGCUUACUCAGAUCCUCCGAGGCGGUGACGAGGCUGCGAAUUUAUUUCUGUAAUUCAAUUUCAGAGAGGUAUGACUAUGAGCAUGCAGUGCACGAAAGGAAACUAUAAUGAUGCAACAUAAUAGUCCAAAGCCAAACUUAAAACUACUAUAUUCACAGGAGGCUAUUCUUCGGGAGGAAGUGCUAUUUAUUUAGCCCCCUUUUUUUGGAAGAAAAACCCGAAAGAAGUACGGGAGACUGGAGUGAUCUAGUUUUGUUUUGUCUUUUUGAAGUGGAACUAACGGAAGUAACACAAUUCUGUGAAUGGUUUUGACUUUUGUGUAGUCAAACUUUAGGAGAGGAAGUCUAAACUGUUCCCAAGACCAUAGUCAAGGCGAUCGCAGUGUAUUUUUGACCAAUAGCUCAAAAGGCGAAACAACUUUUUGGCGCAAAAUUUCUUUUUCAACGAAGGUUUUCGUGUCGCUCCACAACGAGAGGUACAUACUUUUUAUCCAGGUAGUAACCGAAGUUUCAGGAGUUCUCUAACAGAAAACCGUGGUCGUCUUUUCUCUUGAUCACGACAUCGAUCACGACUAUGGCCGCUGCAAGCCAGGUGACGCAGCAGCAGCGUCAGCCGCGCGCGGCUGCAAAGAAGCCGAAGGGGAGUGCGCAGUCGCGUUCGGGUUCUUCCUCCUCUUUCGAGGAUCUGUCUCCUUACAUGGAAGACGAAACCACUUUCGGGGGGAAGUCUCAACCCGAGACCCCGGCGUUCCGGGACCAGACGGAGAACACGUUGGUCUUGUUACCGCGGACCAUGGAACCUGUGGCCAAGGGAAAUCGUUCCGGCGCUGCUGGUACAGACAACUACACGCCGUUUUUUUAAUCUUGAUCCGUAGGUACAGGUUAGUAGCACCACCGCAUGCAGUGUUGUAUUUGCAAAGCAACAGCAAGCCAGUAUGAGCUUUUGCUUUUUUAACUCGUAUAAACUUAAACAAAAACAGGUUCUGUCAAAUCCUCCAACUCGGGCAGCCUUGUCCUGGUCGACAGCCCGUCCGACGUGAUCUCUCUUUCUUCCUCCGGAAACGCGCUCGCUUCCUCGAAUUUCACCAGUAAUGUGAGUUUGCUGAUGUCUUCGAACGCUUCGUCCCCGGCCGCGUCGACCAAGCACGCAACCGGACAACUGCGGAUGUUGAAGAAAAACAAGUUCGGGGUGAAGCCCUACGAGGGUGAACAAGCCGCGCAGAUUGGUACCAACGAGCUGGAAAGCGACAUGGAUUCGAACGAGAUGACGACCGAUGACUUUCGCUACAGCGGCACGAAGCGUGGCGGGGUCGUGAAGCGGUCCUUUCAGUCCGCGGACACGCAUGCGGGGAGGCAGGAGACUGGCUCCUGGGCGCAGCGCAAGAAGGAGCACGAGAAACGCAGCAAGGCGAACAAGGACAAGAACCGGUUCGGGGAAUUUCGCCCGCGCCACUACGCCGGCACCGUCGGGUUUCUGGCCAGCAAGGGGAAGCAAGCGGAGAUUCAGGACGUGAAGGAAGUGGUUUUUCACAUUAAUUCUGGAAGUGCGCAGCAAGAAAAUACGCGUCCCAUGACCACAACUUCUGGUGCCGGUGGAAACAAAUCUAAGAUGCAGUCCACGGCGGGCAAUAACACUUCUACGCCCGCGACCUGGACUCCGCGCACGUCUCCGGCGGGGAAAAUGAACUAUGCGCAGAUGAAGACUAUCAGUUUGGACAAGCCGUUGAAGUGGGCGAUUGAAGCCGAUCUGAAUUCCGGGUGCCAGGAGCUCGCGAACAUCUCGCAGAUCCCCGUGCGCGUGGAGCAAAAUCGUCGCGUGAGCGGCAAGGUGCUCGGCGGAUCCCCGAUGAAAGGGCAUCUGGAAAAGGUGUACUACCCGCAGGGAGGUGCGAAUUCGCCUUCCGCGGCGGAGGCCAUUGUGGACUGUCCCACGAUUGGUGGCGGAUCCAUGAUGGGCAAGACUACUCCGACCAAGAACCAGAAGCUUGUGAAAGGAAAAGGAAAACACGAGAAGAGCGCUGGCCGCUUCGAGGGCAAAAAAACGGCUUCUGCGGGCGCCGGGCAGCAAGAGCGGGUGGAACUCGUGAUUUCUAUUAUGAUGUACGAUCACAAGUGAGAAGAGGAAUGAGGAAUCAUACAUAGUAAGGUGAUGAACAAUCCGAAUCCGAGGAAGCGACGCGGUGAAAACAAGAACGAACCACAUAGAUUUUGAUCUAACAGUGGCUGCUUGCGGAGUAGUUGAAAAGUCACUAGAUUUGUAUGUCUUAACCAUGUGAAGCAAGUGUGCUAUAUUAUUGUACCGUGUCAAAUAAUUUCAUGUUGAUAUGAUCGCUAUCGGAAGACGGUGUUUCCAAAAAUCUCGAAUCCCUAGUUGAACGACCAACAUAACGACAAAUUUGAAAUGAUAUAUUGCUCUUGCAUUGCUACGAAAACGAAAGAAAGGAAAAAAUAGAGUACCGAUACAAGUUUUGAAAACCUGCGAUCAUUCGUCUGACAAAAAAAGCUAAAACAUGCAAUUAUCGAUUGGGCGAACACUGCAGACUUAUAUUGCUGACCCCGGGAUUUAUGCCUGAAAUCGGUAAGCUGAGUAGCCGUAAAGGCCCAGGGUUCUCUUCAGCAUAUGCUUAGCGCGUGGCUCCUAUCCUGCAUUUUUUGCUUCAUAAACAUGUCAAAAGGGAAUGCCAUUCUUUCCCGAGUUUAUAAAGGUAUACAUAGAGCUCCGAUAUUGUUGCAAAAGCUAGAAGUAGAAUUGCACAUCAGAAAAUGGCACGCAUCGUUUGGCUGUCUCGCUGGUACUUAAGUACUUGCAAGUGGCACUUAUAGUACAGCAGCACGCCGGGCUGAGUGUAGACGAGUGCGGUCAUCAUGGCACAAUUUUAGUCUUGUAUUCCAAAGAUCACAUCAACACACAAUCCCCGCGUCACAUCCGAAAUCGGUAGGCUGAGUAGCCGUAAGGACCCCUUCCGCCUACGUUUAUUGUGCACUACUGAAGAAGUAUAUCGAUUAGUCCUAGGAAAAUUGCACCUUUCAGCAUUCACUAUCACUACUGUGUUUCCUUGCGAGCGGAUACAUAGCAUUUCCAUUUUGAGCAUUUCCAGUUCUUUUUGUUUGUUUUUUAUCUUCUCGACCUGAUUGAUGUCAGCUACGAGUCACAAGGAGGCAGAGGACACUCGUAUGGAUGUCAGCUACCAAUUUUAGUCUUAAUAUCUGAACUUCUUUGUUAAUUUUCCCGAAAUAUAUUUAGCUUCAAAGAAAAAUAAAGUAUACAGUUUAAGUAGCACAAUUGAAGGGGACGCGGUGAGAUUCGGUGUUGCUCUAAUUUCAUGCUCUCGAAAGUCUGCAAAAUCAACGUAAUUUGUUGCAAUGAAUUGCAAGUUGCGCUGUUGAAAUAUCACUGCACUCGAGAAUCUCAUCCAUUGAUUUGCAGCAGUCUUUCCAAAUUAGGCAGAGCUUUUUAAAGGAACGGGAAGACGAACAAGUGGCAUGACGCACAUGCCAAUUUUCCGUAAUCAAAAAAGCAUACAUAGUACUGUUUUAGCAAACACUUUUUACAAAAUUGCCCCGCGAGCAACUUAAUCUUAACUCCAUACCAGUUUGUCAUGAAGUAGCCCGCGAUUCAGCGUUUACAACGACGUGUAAAAAUAUCAAACAUUCCAUGGCGGGAGAAAAGUUGGCCCUUAAGAUGAGUAUGGAAAGUAAAACACAUGCAGAGCACGGACAAUUAUGAUGGGAUGCAUAGUUGUAUUCCAACUAAAAAACCUUGAAGAAUGUUGAAGCCCCUGCGUGUUGUACAGAUGCUCACAUCAUCAAAAACGAGUAAAUUUUGCAAACACCGUUGUAAUUUGAGAGUACGCAUUGAAAGCC